AGAUAUUCUUAUGUAGCAGAAUCAGUUGUUUGGAUUAGAUUUGUUAUGCGGUUUAAUUCAUUGUGAGUAUUUUUAUUCACUAAUAUUCUCUGCGCCAUAAUUAUUUGAUUUUCACUUUUAGCAAAUCAAGUUUAUAAUCCUAAAUUUCAUAAUGGCAAAUGAAGGAUCAGCGUUCAUAUCGUUACCCAUAAGCUCCAAAGAGUAUGUUAAAUUUGAUAGUCGUAUUCCAUUCAUCAAUCGUUACAUGAAAGUUAAGCCCCUAGAAAUUGGAAGACGAAUUUUAGCAUCCCUUGGUCCUCCUUGCUCUGAGAGAUUUAGGAAGAGUGACGUAGAUCUUGUAGGACCUCUCAUAGCAAUUUUAUUUUUGAUCGCACUUCUUCAUUAUGGAUAUGCCAUCAAAGAUCCUACAGCUACAAAUACAUUUAUAGCUCCUGUGAAUUCAGUACUUCUAUACGUUAUUCUGAAUCUUUGUAUAGGAUUUAUAUUAUGCAAACUCGCUCGUGCAGCGAUACUUUUUUGGGACCUGGCUGGAUUAUUGGGAUACACUUUGUAUUCUCAUGUCCUCACUUUAGGUUUGAGUCUUUUGAUCUACCAGGAAGAAAGUAAUGCUUUUUUCUUUCUUUGUCUAUUUCUUUUUGGAGGAUUGAGUGCUCUUAGGAUGUGCGUCAUUUUAAUAGUCACUAUACCUAAGCCAGCUGCUAGACUUUUAGUUUGUUCGACGUUAUUCAUAAGCCAUUUGCUAUUUUUAAUUUUCUUGCACUUUGCCUACAUGCAUCCCACGUUCGUAUACGGAAUAGAAAACAGCAAACGUGUCCCUACAGUCAUACAUAAUAAUUUAUGAAUUAAUGUAAAUUUGACAAAGUUUCCAUUUCACAAGUAUUCAAACAUAAAUAUCAUGCAUAAAAAUUUGAUUUCUAUAGGUGUAGAUAUUUUUGGUUUCCAAGUCUUUUGUUAGGCAAUCUAAAGUCUUCAGAGACUCUAGAUUAGGAAUAGGAAGUAUGCAAUACGUGGUAUCUUUUAAAUAUUAUGCCUGGUUUUCACAUUUAUUUGAUAGCAUCCGAAAUUAUUCAUGUAGGAUUCAUAUUGAAUAUACAAUUACCUUAUGUUAUACACGUUUAUUUUUAUCGAAAAAAAUAACUUGGACAGAAAAAAUAGUGAUUUCAUACAUUAAGAUCAAUACAGUUCUACUGUACAUGAAAAUACGUACCUUACAAAUUGAUUUUUGGGAAAAAAGAUUAUAUCGUAGUUAGUAACACCAUACAGCACGCUUCUACAUAAUAUAUUAUUUUUUAUCAGUAAUCACAGAUAGCAUACCAAAAUUGUGUAACGAAAAUAUCUGGAGUGGGAUAGUUUUUUCCCCCAUGGUUUUGGUUAGCAAGAAAUAUUUUCCUAAAGAUUAAUUUUAGUAAUCAGACCCAUAUUUCCUGCUAGUUGUCGGCAACUGAUCAUAAUUUCGAGAAAACAUGAGUUCCUAUAAUACUAAAAUGAAUAUCAGUCGAACCAAAUUAUUUGACAAGUACUAAACUUUAAUAUUUUACCUAUUAAAAUUGUUGAAAAAUAUAUUAUGAAAUGAAUGUGGAUAACGUAUGCAGUACUAAUUAUAUCUUUUACUUGUAGGAAAUUACUAUUUACUUUUAGAUUAUGCCUAGGUCGCGUUUUCCAUCAAUGACCAAACUUCUAUUAUUGUGAAAAAAAAUCUCAGGACUAUAUAUAAUAACGUGUGUAAUCUAUCUCACAAUUUGUAAAAUUGUACAAGUUAUAUCAGGGCUAUUGGAUAAUAGAUUAAAAAUUAUUGCUUACAAAUACUGGAAUGAAAAUUGAAAACCAUUUCGGACAGUGAAAUAAACUGAAGCGCAUUGCUAUAAA